AUGGACUGGGUGUAAAAUUAGGGCUUCGGCUAUAAUACUCCCACACUUCCCACACACACCAGAGCGAAAGAUAACAGGCGCCAUUUCUAGGGUUUCAUUCAUUCGUUCAUAGUUUGAGAUCUGUAAAUCAUGGGGCUUCAAACUCAACCUUACGGUAUCCAGGGAAUGCUAAAGGAAGGCCACAAACAUUUUUCAGGAGUAGAAGAAGCUGUUAUUAAGAACAUCGAUGCCUGUAAACAGCUUUCCACCAUUACCAGAACUUCUCUCGGUCCCAAUGGCAUGAAUAAAAUGGUUAUAAACCAUCUGGACAAGCUAUUUGUGACGAGCGAUACUGCGACCAUUGUGAACGAGCUUGAGGUUCAGCAUCCUGCAGCCAAACUUUUGGUAUUGGCAGGGAAAGCACAGCAGGAGGAAAUCGGCGAUGGAGCCAACUUAGUAGUUUCUUUUGCCGGGGAGCUUCUUCAGGGCGCAGAAGAACUCAUUAGGAUGGGACUGCAUCCCAGUGAUAUCAUCAUUGGAUACACAAAGGCAAUUAACAAGCUUGUUGAAAUCUUAGAAGGAUUGGUUGAGGAAGGUUCGGACAUCAUGGAUGUGAGGAAUAAAGAUGAAGUUAUUUUAAGGAUGAGAGCUCCUGUUGCUAGCAAACAAUAUGGACAAGAAGAUAUUCUAUGUCCGCUUAUUGCAGAUGCAUGCAUUCAAGUUUGCCCAAAGAACCCUACAAACUUCAAUGUUGAUAAUGUGAGAGUUGCAAAACUCUUGGGCGGAGGUCUGCAUAACUGUACAACUGUUAGAGGAAUGGUUCUAAAAGGUGAUACAGUGGGGAGUGUAAAGAGAAUAGAGAAGGCAAAGGUGGUUGUGAUAGCUGGUGGUGUUGACACAACUGCUACUGAGACCAAAGGAACUGUCCUGAUUCACAGUGCUGAGCAGCUUGAAAAUUACGCUAAAACUGAAGAAGCAAAGGUUGAAGAGCUCAUCAAAGCUGUCGCAGACUCUGGUGCGAAGGUCAUAGUUAGUGGAGCGGCUGUCGGAGAGAUGGCUCUGCAUUUUUGUGAGCGUUACAAGCUCAUGGUCUUGAAAAUUGGGUCCAAGUUUGAACUUCGCCGCUUCUGUCGCACAACUGGUGCCGUUGCUCUUUUGAAGCUUGGGAGUGUUGUAAACCCUGAUGAUCUUGGAUAUGUCGAUUCCAUCUCAGUUGAGGAGAUCGGUGGUUCUAGGGUAACUGUUGUAAGAAACGAACAAGGUGGGAACUCAGUGACGACUGUUUUGCUGCGAGCAAGUACUGAUAGCAUUUUGGAUGAUUUGGAAAGGGCUGUUGAUGAUGGUGUCAAUACUUACAAGGCGUUAUGCAGGGACAGUAGAAUUGUACCUGGAGCUGCAGCCACCGAAAUUGAAUUAGCCAGAAAACUGAAGGAGUUUUCUUUCACAGAGACAGGAUUAGAUCAGUAUGCUAUUGCAAAGUUCGCUGAGAGCUUUGAAAUGAUACCAAAAACGUUGGCUGAAAAUGCUGGGCUUAAUGCCAUGGAGAUCAUAUCUAGUUUAUACGCAGAGCAUUCAGCCGGAAACGUCAAAGUUGGCAUUGACUUGGAAGGAGGAGCAUGUAAGGAUGUCUCGACAUUGAAAAUAUGGGAUCUUUUCGUCACCAAGUUUCAUGCGCUCAAGUAUGCUGCAGAUGCAGUUUGUACCGUUCUACGUGUUGAUCAGAUAAUAAUGUCAAAACCAGCUGGUGGGCCAGGUAGGAGAGAUCAACCUGCAGGAAUGGAUAAUGAAGAUUAGUCUGCUAUCAGUGGUGUUCUGAAUUUUGUCUGAGACAUGAAAUAUUAGUUGUGGUUUUGAUUUACAAAGAUUUUGAGUUUGUUGGUUUUGAAUUCUGGACAUUUGGUAUGAUGAUUAGAGUGGUUUUUUGUAAACAUAAAUUUCUGUUCUUAAAUA